AUGUAGAGCAUCCUGGAUUUCUAUGAGCUUGCCCCGGGUCUCAUUUCUUUCCCUGAAGCUUGAGGUUAAAUAUUGAAAUGUCAGGACUAGAAGAAGGACUGGGGGCUCAAGAUGAAAUAAGAGAAAGAAGAUCAGAUUUGGAGAACUCAGAAGAUGAGAGACGGAGAUCAAAAAUUGCCCAUCUCAAGAAGAAGGCAAUAAAUGCUUCGAAUAAGUUUACUCAUUCUCUUAAGAAACGAGGAAAAAGGAAAAUAGACUACAGAGUUCCUUCUGUUUCCAUAGAGGAUGUACGAGAUGCAAAAGAGGAGAGUGCCGUUCAUGAAUUGCGUCAAAAACUCCUUGACAAGGAUUUGUUGCCACCUAGGCAUGAUGACUAUCAUACUUUGCUGAGAUUCUUGAAAGCUAGAGAAUUUAACAUUGAAAGAACGAUCCAGAUGUGGGAAGAAAUGCUUAAUUGGAGAAAGGAAUAUGGAACGGACACAAUUCUGGAGGACUUUGAAUUCAAAGAGCUGGAGGAUGUCUUACAAUACUACCCUCAAGGAUACCAUGGAGUUGAUAAGGAAGGAAGGCCAGUUUACAUUGAGAGACUUGGGAAAGCUCACCCCAGUAGGCUUAUGCGUAUCACCACAAUAGAUCGCUACUUAAAGUACCAUGUCCAAGAGUUUGAAAAGGCUCUACUUGAGAAAUUCCCUGCUUGUUCAAUUGCAGCAAAGAGACGGAUCUGUUCGACAACAACGAUAUUAGAUGUACAGGGCUUGGGUAUGAAAAAUUUUACUCGAACUGCUGCAAAUCUUGUGGCUGCCAUGGCUAAGAUAGACAAUAAUUACUACCCUGAGACACUACAUCGAAUGUUUGUUGUCAAUGCCGGUCCUGGUUUCAAGAAGAUGCUUUGGCCUGCUGCACAAAAGUUCCUUGAUCCAAAGACAAUAUCAAAGAUACAGGUGCUGGAGCCCAAAUUCUUAUGUAAACUUCUGGAAGUCAUUGACUCAAGUCAACUGCCUGACUUCUUGGGUGGCUCUUGCACAUGUGCUACUGAUGGUGGGUGCCUGAGGUCUAAUAAAGGUCCAUGGAAUGAUCCUGAAAUAAUGAAGCUUGUGCAUAAUGCGGAAUCAAUAUUUGUGAGGCAAAUCACCAGAAUAGUUAAUGACCAACAGAAACUCGACUCAUAUAUUCAGAUACGCCCUCUGAAGGGGAGAGGUAGUGAUACAAUGACAGUAGAAUCAGGAUCAGAUGUUGAUGAUCCUUGUUCUCCAACAGGACAAAGGAGCUCUUCAUUUCCACGAUUGGCCCCUGUUCAUGAAGAAGCCAGGGCAUCAGAUCCCAAUUCUUAUUACAGCUGUGAUGAUCAUUUUGGUCUGGUUGAUGAAGCUACUGGCUACGAUCAGGAAGUGGGACAUACUCAGGGCCAAUCGCUUAAUGAUAUGGGAAAUUCUUCUAGUGGGAAAAUAUCAAAUUCAGGAGGUAUUCCAGUCAACCGAAGGUCCAAUACUGUCAAGGAAAAGGUGGAGAACAGGAAUUUUCAGUUUUUGGCAAGAAUGCUGAUAUCUUUCCUGGUUAGGCUGGUUGCAUUUAUUCGUAGUUUUCCCUUUGAAUUUUGGAGAAGGCAGAGCAACAUUUAUCCAUCUAAUGUGAUGGAAGACAACCAAAACAGCUGUUCAGGAGCUGACGAAACUGUCUACAAAGAAGACCCUAUCCUUCCAUGCAUACAGCGCCUUCAGAGCAUAGAGAAAAAAUUUGAGGAACUUAGGAACAAGCCUGCUGAAAUUCCUUUUGAAAAGGAGCAAAUUCUUCUUGAAUCUUUGGAUAGAAUCAAGUCUGUUGAGUUUGACCUUGAGAAAACAAAGAGAGUACUUCAUGCUACAGUGAUGAAGGAACUUGAGAUUGCUGAGCUUCUGGAGAAUUUACGACAGUCUAAGUUUCGAGUAAGUCGCUUCACAAAACUUCCCCUUUGUCCACUGAGAAUUCUCACUCAAUGUGUUUUUUUGUUUUGUUUUUUCAUCUUUUGUUUUCCAUUUGUUAUUUUUUUCCCCUCCCUUUUGUUUUUCGUUUUCCACUUUUUGUCUGUCAUUUUGUUUGUUUUUCGGUCUUAGAUUCUACAAAUUUGUGCAUCAGCCAAGGCAUUCUAUUAUGCCUCAGGGUGUCCUUCGUGUGGGAGUAGUAUUAAUGCUAAUUUAUGUACCACCAGAAAAUCAAAAUAUGGGGAGGGCAAUAGAAAUAGAUUUAAAAGCAAUAGAAAUAGAAAUAUUCAUACUGCUAGUAUUGAAAACUCAAGCUCCAUUUAAAAAGGAAAGUGAAAAAAGAAAGAAAAGGCAUGUGCUGUAACUAAGCUUUAAAGGUCCCAAAUGUUUGUAAAAACAUAUUUGAUGCAUCCACUAAUAGUUCAUACAACCAUUUUUACAAUGAAUUCUUACAAUGGUGAGAAUACUUGUUGCAGCGAAGAAGGCUCUUCUGUUAAGUGGUUGAGAUAGACUGUGAAUGAGCUACAUGUGCAUAUUGGAGUUACCCGUGAUGACAAUGCAGAAAAGUAUGUAAUUCUGGAGGAGUCACGCAGAAAAGUAUGCUAUUCUGGAGGCGUCAUUAUUAGUAGUCCAUACACGAGCACUGCCACUUGGCACACCUUUUUUUCUUCUUUCUUCAACUUGUUUUCGUUUUCUCUUACAGGAAGUACUUAACAGAAAUUACAGUUACAACUGUUGCGGGUCUUUACCCCGCACAGAUUUGAGAUAAUGUAGAGAAGGAAAAGUUAAUGCAAUGUUAUUGCAGUCCGGCA